CAAGCGGUUUUGUAUUGCGUUUUGUUGCAUUUGCGCGUUUUGUGCUCAUCUUGCGAUUGCUCGUUCGGGUUGUGUGUGGGAAAAAGUUCUGCUGAGAAAUAGUUCUACUGCUGCAUGGUUUUCUUCUGUGGGAACCACAAUGAGAUGGUUUAAUGGGUCCAGUUUUAUAGGCUUGAUACUGUUGAUCAUCCUACAGGUAGCCGUUGCCCAGCAAACAUGUACUACACCGGAUCAAAAAUCUGGACGUUGCAUCCUGCUGCGAUCGUGCGACAGCUUGUUCACAUUGAUCAAGAAACAGCCCCUGCUGCCGGAAGAUCGUACCUUACUAAGCCGCAGUCAAUGCGGUUGGUCGGUGCAGGAUAACCAUCCACUGGUGUGCUGCAGUGAUCCAAUCGAUACUCCGAUUCGAGUGCAAGCUUCUUUGCUACCAUCACCGGGAGUUUGUGGAAUACAAACAAGUGAUCGUAUCGUUGGUGGCAUUAACACUAAGAUUGACGAGUUUCCCUGGCUAGCAUUGCUGAAAUAUGCCAAACCCAACAAUAUCUUUGGGUUUCACUGCGGCGGUGUACUGAUCAAUGAUCGAUAUGUAUUGACUGCAUCCCAUUGUGUUAAUGGAAAAGACAUUCCCCCUACCUGGAAUCUAGCGGAAGUGCGCUUAGGAGAAUGGGACACUUCAACAGAUGACGAUUGUGAUGGAUUUGGUGUAGAUACAGACUGCUCACCACCUCCGGUGGACGUCAUCAUCGUGAAAAAGACUCCCCAUCCUGAGUACAAUCCACAGUCGUUGGAGCAAUACAACGAUAUUGCUCUUCUGCGGUUGGAGCAGCGCAUUUCUUAUACGGAUUUCGUGAAACCCAUUUGCUUGCCACGAUCAUCCGAACUCCUUGAUAAAAGUUCCGUUGGACUGAAGCUGCAAGUUGCCGGCUGGGGACGCACCGCAACUGCCCGAUUCAGUAACGUUAAACAGAAGGUUGGAGUUGACGGUGUUGAAUUAGCCAGAUGCAAUGAAGUGUAUCGGCAGGAGCAGGUUGUUUUACGCGAGAAUCAGCUGUGCGCCGGUGGUGUGGCCGGAAAGGAUUCUUGCCAGGGUGAUUCCGGUGGACCAUUGAUGGGAGUGACAACGGCAGGUAGCAAGAGCCCCUACUGGUAUUUGGUGGGGCUCGUUUCGUUUGGGCCGACACCAUGCGGACAACAGGGUUGGCCAGGCGUAUACACCAAUGUGGUUAAAUAUGUGAGUUGGAUUGAGUCGAAUCUGGUGGAAUGACUUGCAAAAAUGAGAUUUUAAUUUUAUCACGAAAGCAUGCUGCAAAUAGACGAACAAUGUUGAA